AUGAUUCUUUUAAAAAAGAGAUCAAUAGUGCUAGCCUUUGUGCUAUUAAUUAGAUUGCAACCAACAAGGUAUCCUGUCUAUUUUUUUACUAAUAAUAUAAUGAAUUACAAAGGAGAUAAAAAGUCCAAACGCACUGCCAAGCAAACUAGCACUAAGCCAAAGCUAUUCAGAAGAAGAACAAUGGAAGAUACAAUACGUGAAGGAAGAGAGUAUUUAAUCAGAUCCAAAAUGGACGCUGAAUAUAUCCCUGACGCUCCAAAUAUUUCUCCUAUUAUAAAAUUUUCCCAAACCAAAGUAAAAGAUGAAGAGCCUGAACCUCUUAAAAGGCCACGAAAAGACAGCGAUUUUGACACACCUAAAAAAAUCAGAAAAACAAAAGAAAUCAACAUUGAACUCUAUGUCUCAGAAAACACACAAAGUCAACUCAAAAGCUAUAAAGUGAUUGACGACACAUAUGAUAUAAAAAAAGAGGAACUUCAGAAUAAACCUCAAAAUAGAAAAGAAAAGCCUAUAAAACGAUUAAAUGAAGACUUCGAAAUAGAAAAAUUUGAGCCAAAACUUGAGCCUAUAGAGAUCCCACAAAGUAUUCCUUAUCAAGAAAUAAAGGAUGGAACAGAUGAAAUGGACAUUGAAGGAGCAGAGGAAGAAACCACAACUUCUGAAAAUAUUUUAUCAGCCCAUAUCAUCAAAGAGAUUACCUACCAAAUUAUCUCAAAACCUAUCUGUGAAUAUACAUCAUUGUCUCAAUCUAAAUCUCUGACUUGCCUACAAAAGCCCCUAAAUCCUUUAUUAGAAAUCAAUUCAGAAACUAAAUCAUUUUCCCUUUCAAUCCCUCCAAAAAUCAAUCCAAUAUCUAUUUCUUCACACAUAACAGCUAAAGUCUCUCUCAUCACAAUUCCAUUAACUUCUCCAAUAAUAAUCCAAUCUCAAGCAUCAAAUAUUUCUGUCCUAUCAAAACCAACUAUAGAGCCACUGUCAAUAAUGCAAGAAAUCCCCAAUGAAACAUCAAAUAUUUCUGCUAUGGCCAAACCACAUAUAGAACUAUUAUCAAUAACAGAAAAAAUUCUUACUAAAGCAGCUGAAAUAAAACAAGUCCACCCUCCCAUGACAAUGGAAAAAGAAAUCAAUGUAGCUGAAGAAUCUACUGAAUCUAAUUUUAACAUGAAAAAUGAAGAAAAUUUCGAAGAGGUGGCUGAAUGUACAAUCCCAAUGAAAAGGUCAAGGUCUUUUGACACUUGUAUAGAAGAUUGUCCAAGAAAAGAAUUAAAAGUCGAAGAAAGCUGCCUAAAAGAAAAUUUCCACAGCUUAAAUGAAAAUACUGAGCCUGAAACUAUAAAUGGUGCUCAAGAGAUAAGAAGUUCUUCAGAAGAUGCAGAAAUAAUUGAAUAUGACAUGGAAAGCAUCAAUGUUAAAUUCUGACAGUUUAAAUUACUCUCUAAGCCAAGGCUACAAAUUGAGCUUUACAAAUCCUUAGUAGCUAGAGAAAAAGUGCCUAUUUGCUUUGAAUCAUCUUGUAAAUUCAGAGUCCUUCCAGAGCUGCAUGGUCUCAAGAUAUGUUAA